AUGCGGCUUGGGCCAGUCUUGCUGCACUUUGCUGCCAUUGGCAACAUCUUUAGAGACGCUGCAGCCUUUGAGGCAGUCGAAUGCAUACUAUACUGGACAGCAAAGACGUAUAAGAGUGUCACGUUGCAAAACAAUCAGCUUCAGUAUGAUGGCGUACGCGAAAUCGAAUACGAUCACCCCCAAGAUGUGCCGUCGGUCGAUGACGACGACGUAUUCCUCACCGCUCCAUGGCCGUGUAACGUGAACAUCACAGCAGAAGAAGCGAGCGAAGAAGGCGAAUGCACAUAUCGCGUCUCCUACAAAGCCAGCCGCAGCCUGGAAAACUCACUGGGCCCGUACCUCUUCGGAUCAGUAGGCGUCUCGCGUGACGAGUCCGAAAACACAUUCAUGACCUACGACGACACCUUCACUGAGAUGCUUUAUGGGUCCUGGUUCACGGCCUGGGUUACACACCCGAACAUCGCCGAGGGGGAGACUGUCGCGCGAAAUCUCAAACCUCGUGAUCUCUCUAGCCCUCUCGCAUCCAUUUUGAACGUGUAUGUGAGUAACAUUGCCUACUUCACGACCUGUGCGAUUCGUGCUACAAACUACGAUUCGCAGCAGGCCUUUGGCACCGUCCAUCGCGACGUGGUCCACUACGUCGUGAACCUUCGCUACACCAUGUACCCCGGCGCCCUGCUCCUUCUCAGCGCCGUCUUCUGCAUUGUCGUGGCGUGGCGGACGAGGCGGGAGAAGCGUUGGAAGAACGCGCAGCUGCCGCUGGUGCUCCAGAGUCUGAAACUCCCGGAGAGCGAAGUGGCGGCGAUGAUGGACAUGUCGCGUAUGGAAGACAUGGCGAGGGAGAGGAUGGUGAGGCUCGUGGACAAUAGAGAUGGACUGGGGCGGAUGCUGAGGGUUGAGGAGGAGGGCUUGCCGCUGCGACGGAUCGCGAGGCAGACGGAUGACGAGCGCGACACUUGA